AUGAUCAGGUCGACGCAAAUAGCCCGUGUGGGCGAUGGCCUCAUGCUAUGCGCCUCGGUCGACGAGGAGUCCAUGGAGUCGUCGCUAGCCGAGAUCAAGUCGCAGGUCAAACUCAUCCUGCGGCGCCUCAACAAGAACGCCGAGCCGCAAGCCUCGAUCGAGUCGGGGCCGUUUACCCUGCACUACCUGCUGAGCAACGACAUUGUCUUUCUGUGCAUCUGCGAGCGCUCCUACCCGCGCAAGCUGGCCUUUACCUACCUGUCCGACAUAUCGGCAGAGUUCCAAAACUCGUACGGCGCCGCGCAGCUGCACAGCCCGACGCUGCGGCCGUAUGCCUUCAUGGAGUUUGACACCUUCAUCGGCCGCACCAAGGCCACGUACGCCGACUCGCGCGCCUCCCAGAACCUCGGCAAGCUCAACGACGAGCUGCGCGACGUGACAAAGGUCAUGACCAAGAAUAUCGAGGACCUGCUCUACCGCGGCGACAGCCUCGACAAGAUGGGCGAGAUUAGCUCCCGUCUCCGCGACGACUCCCGCAAGUACCGCAAGGCAGCCGUCAAGAUUAACUGGGACCUCAUGCUCAAGCAGUACGGCCCCUUUGCCGCGCUCGGCUUUAUCAUUCUGCUCUUCAUCUGGUUGCGGUUCUUCUAA